UUCAUUUUGUUUAAAUUGAUAAGUAAAACCAAAACUUCCCGGAAGUUGCGUUCUACUGUACCACUUUAUUACUACAUAUCUGAUGAAAAAUGUUUUUAACUCGGAUAAUAAAUGUAAAAAGAUCCACCCAAAAAUACACCUUGCCUCGAAUUUAGCUCCGUGUAGGUUUUAUAGAACUCAUUGUAUAAAAUCAUGACUCUGUGAGUGUGUCAUCUAUAGCAUGAGUGUAUAUGUGUGAUAUAAGCUCGUCAGCUGAUCACAAACUAAAUGAUCGCGAAGCCAGGCUGGAGAAGAUAUUUUUGUUUCGUGAUCUAACGCGCGCUUUUUAACAGAUCUUUAGAUACUCUCGUGUUUACGAUAUUAAUUACAUAUCGAAUGAAAUCGGUUUGUUGAUAUUAUAUUUGUAAGUUACGUCUUGAUAAGACUCCUGAUCUUUAUUCAUAUAUUGUAAUUUAAUGGAUUAAGUCGCAAAACACGUGUCCAAAUAAAUCUAUUCGUAUAAAACAUUUGUGCUGCGUAUCUUCGCACGCGAUAUGUACAUUAUUUUUAAGAUCAACGUGACUUAAAUAAUGGGGGUACACGGUCUGUGGAAACUGCUUGAAGCAUCCGGAAAACCGGUACCUUUAGAAAGCCUCGAGGGCAAGGUCUUGGCAAUAGACAUAUCGAUAUGGAUAUAUCAAGUAUUGCAAGGAUAUCAAGAUCGUCAUGGUACUCCUAAGCCUAAUGCCCAUUUGCUUGGAUUAUUUACUAGAAUAUGUAAACUUUUAUAUUAUAAAAUCAAGCCUGUUUUUGUCUUUGACGGAGGUGUACCCAUGCUCAAGAAAAAUACAAUUGCCUUGCGCAGGAAGCAGAAAUCUAUUGCCACAAGUAAGGCGCAGAAGAUGAAGGCAGAUUUGAUAAACAACUUGAUAAAGCACAGCGUUGUAAAAACUGCUCUCAACAAAGAUUCCAAGGUGGAUCAAACUAAUGGAGCGAUACAAGCAAUGCUAAAUAUGCCAACUAACUGUUCCAAGGAAGAUAUGUUUAUUCUACCUGAUAUGCCUAGCACUAGCAAUAUGCAAACUUAUAUUAGUGAUAAUGAGGAUGAUUCUGACACUUCUGUUGAGCUAAGUCCAAGAAAACAAUCAAAAUGGAUGGGAAAUAUACACAAUGUUGAUGUAACCAGCAAUGAAUUUAAAGCAUUACCUGCGGAUGUCCGUUAUGAUAUACUUACUGAUCUUAAGGAAACAAGGAAACAAAAUUCCUGGGGUCGCUUGCAUGAAAUACCCCAAGAAUCACAAGAAUUUUCUGGCUACCAGCUGACACGUUUGCUUAAACGUCGAUAUGUACAAGAAUCUUUGGAAUCUGCUGAAAAGGAAAUGGGUGGAAAAACUUUAACAUUGGAAGAAUUAGAUAAAUUACUGACUGAACAAGGCGUUAAUACGAAAGGCAACGACGCAGCUUUUCGAAUAGCCGCAGACAGUACAACAAGAUUGAUUUACAUCAGUGACAAGAACGCAUUAGUAAAAGAUUCUAAUAAAUCAGAAACGGAUGAAGAUGAUAUCUUACAAAAUAUAAAUGAAGAAGUUAAAUCUAUUGCAGGCCCAAGUAAUCAUACACCUAUUGUAGAAGACAUAAACGAAUAUGAAUUAAAUGAUUCCGAUGAUGACAUUGAUAUGAUUCACGAUUUUUCAUUUAUCACGAGUGACGAAAAUAAAAAUGCACUUGACAGUGAUAGAGAAUCUGAAAUUGAUAUGAACGAAUCACUGGCGCCGUUAGAUAAAAAAUCAAGCAAAAAUGCGACGAAUCCAGCAUUAGCAUAUUUACUAGAAUAUAGUGGUUUGUCUCAGAAUCAAAUCAUGCAUCUCAUGAAGUACAAUAAAGACCAAAGUCGUAAAAUAAAAACCGCAGACAAAGAUGUAAAACUGCACGAGAAAAAUACUAAUUCAGAAUUAACUGAAGGUAGAAAUCCAACAAUUGCUAAAUCGGAAUUUUCACUUCCUGAAAAUUAUGUGGGAGUUUCGAAAUCUAUAGAAUCACAAAAUAUGCAAAAUGCAUGCACGACCAAUGAAAAUAUGACUGUCGAAUUAAUUUUAUCUAACAUGGAAUCGGAUAAUUUCACCAAAAAGGAACUAUUAAAAAAUAAGACUGAAGUAUUAGAUGUAACAUCUGAUGUCAUAUCUUCAGAUAAAUUAGUGGAAUUUGAGGAACAUUCUUUUUCUCCUACAAAAUCUAAUGACAAUAUGACUACCGAAUUAAUUUCAUCUAAUGUGAAAUCGGAUAAUUUUAAAGAAAAAUCAUUAAAAAAUAAUGUUGAAACAUCAGAUGUAACAUCUAAUGUCACAUUUCCAAUUGAUAAUUCAAGGAGGUCUGAAGAACGUUCUUCUCCUACAAAAUCUAAUGACAAUAUGAAUGUUGAAUUAAUUUCAACAGUACAAACAGACACAUCAGAUUCCGAUUCUGAUGAUUUUAUAGAAAUUCAAGACGUUCCAAUACCUUAUGUGGAAAUAUCACAAAAAAAUAUUACAAAGAAAGAAAAUGUUGAGAUAACUUUCAAGCCUGAUGAAAAAUUAGAAGACGAUAUUUUCGCCGAUAUAUUUGAGAAGACGGAUAAAAAUAAAGAUUUACCAACUAGUUUGGAACAAAUAUGUUGUAUGCAACAGUCUAUCAAUGAAAAUGAUAAGCACCGAAUACCAUUAAUUUCUGAAAACAAGAAUUUGAAAACUAAUUUAUUGGAUACUAUACCUGAGGAGCUGAUCAUAGAAAAAACAAAAAUCAAGUUAUUAGAAAAUACUCAGUUAAUUGAGAAUAUAUCGAAUGAUGAAGACAAAAUACAUGAUUUUCAAGACUCCAACGACUUAGUUCAAAAAAAUAAUACGGAUUUACUUACUGAAGAUGAUACUUGUAAUGAAUACAUACAAGAGAAGAGAACAGUAUUGCCUACAAAUGAAGAAGAUUUAAUAGAAUUGAAGGGACAAUUAGAAUGUGAGCAAGAAGAACUUACCAAAGGCAUUGGCAAAUUUGAGAGACAAGCUACCAAUAUUUCCGAUCAGAUACAAACCGAGGCACAGGAAUUGUUACGUUUAUUCGGGAUACCAUAUAUAGUAGCACCUAUGGAAGCAGAAGCGCAGUGCGCAUACUUAGAACAAAUUGAACUCACUAAUGGUACGAUUACAGACGACUCCGAUAUUUGGUUAUUUGGAGGUCAAUAUGUGUACAAAAACUUUUUCAACAAUAAUAGAAGAGUACUACAGUUCCAUGCUUAUGAUAUUCAACAUCAUUUUAAACUUAGUCGGAACCAAUUAAUACAAUUGGCUCUUUUGGUUGGUAGUGAUUAUACUACAGGAGUGGCUGGUAUUGGACCAGUCACUGCGCUAGAAAUAUUAGCCGCCUUUCCCGCCGAAGGGGAUAACAUAUUACACGGAUUAUACAAGUUUUGCUCGUGGAUUAAGGAGGGAAAACCUUCCGGAAAAAUGGGUUUACGCAAUAAGUUGCGAAACGUGAAGUUGGAUAGAGAUUUUCCAAAUCAAGCAGUCGCUCAAGCGUACCUUUUUCCUACGAUCGAUGAAUCAAAAGAGACUUUUACUUGGGGUAAACCAAAUGUUGUGCUUCUUUGCGAUUAUACCAGACAGAAAUUUGGAUGGACGAAAGGCAAAUUUGAUGACACAAUGGUACCAGUAUUAAAAAGACUGGAAGAAAACAAAAAUCAAAAAUUGUUGGACAUGUACUUUAAAAAAAAAAUAUUGCCGCGAUCUAUCGAGCCAACCUUGAGUAAAAGAGUGCAAAAAGCUCUAUGCAGAUUAAAUAAUGUCGAUAUGGAUGAAGAAAAUGUGAAUGACGAAUCUCAAUCUAAAAGAAGUAAAAAAAGCAAUACUGUCCAAAAAUUGAACAAAGAAGAUGUAGUCGAGAUAGCAACAGAUGAGACUCAUGAGGAAUCGCUUCCAAAAGAUGCUACCAGCAGUAAGCCCGUUAAAUCCAUUGAUAAAAAAAAAUAUACCAAGGAAUAUAUACCACAACGAGAAAAGGACAAAGAAUGUGCGUUAGAAAGAAAAUUGCAUGCUAUAGAGGUACUUAGAAAAUCAAAACAAGGUUUAGGUAAAACAAAAAAAGGAAAGCGUGUAAUACGAAAGGUCAAGAAGGAGGCAGAAUUAUCAGAAAGUGAUAGCAACUAGAUAUAGUUUUUUUUUAAUUAAAAUAAACAAGAUUUUUAUAUAUUGUGAAUAAUAACUUAUUUAUAAAAUUCAUCAGAACCAAACUUAACAUUCUUAGUUGUUUUUGUUUCUAACAUUAUUAAAUAUUUUCUGUACUUCAGUCGUGCAUCAUCCUUACAUCAUUCGCUCUGAAUAGUUCAAUCGUUCAAUUUUCUAGGACUUUGCUAAGAUCCUGAAGAUUAUGUAUAAAAAUAUGUAGGAAUAAUAUGUGAUACGCAACAUUGUACAUUACAUUUAUAUACUUUUUUGGACUUUUGUUAUUUGUAUUAUUAUGUACAUGCAUUGU